AUGGGUUCGGAGAAGAAUCAGGAGACUCCUAAAGUGAGCAAUGCAGAGUCCUCAGAGAAGACGAAGGGUCCAGAUCAAGUGGCUCCUGAUCAUUCACAGCAUAACGGCCAGGGAGAAAUCUCAACCCCGUCCGGCCUAAAGGUUCAUGGGUUCGAAAAUGAAAUGAUUUCACUGGAAAAACUGCUUAAACGACGACAAAGUGAGGAUGAAUUCAAGUCUUGUUUCCUUGGCUGUUGUUGUCGUGUCGUUAGGAUUAGUUUCAAUUCUAUCUCCAAUAAGAACUCACAGGAAGCAGUUGUUAAAAGAAUGUUGGAGUGUCUUGGAGUUGACAAAGAGAUCAUUCAAAGCAUAUGCGUGGAUAAUGGACGCCCCCUCGAUAAUAAGGAACGCCUCAAUGCUUUACUCUAUGCUCUGCAUCUCCAACUAAAUGGUAAGAAGUAUCUCAUCGUACUUGAUGAUGUUUGGGAAAAGGAUGAAUGGUACCGAGAUUUGAGUGUUGCAAUAAAUUGUAGCUAUGAUUGGAAUGAAUGUCUUGCAUAUGGAUUGCCAAAAGGAAACGGGGGAACGGUGAUUGUCAUGAGAAAGAAUAAGGAGGUAGCGAAGAUGAUGGUCGGGAAGGAAGAAAACAUACAUGACCUUCUGCCCUUUUGGAACCAAGAGAGUUGUUGGUCAAUAUUCACAGACACGGUCGAGAGAGAGAAACAUGUGUUGAACUUAAAGGGUCAAGAAGAUUUAGAAAAAGCAAAGAAGGAUCUUUUCAAAAAGUGUGGUGGCCUUCCACUCGCAGCAAAGAUGAUGGGGAAAACUAUGGCGGAAAAGUUGAAAGAUGAACCCCAAGUUUCUGUUGUCGAAAGAAUUGAGACUGACGUUGAUAAAGCGUCCGGAGAAGGCACAGAUCAUGUUGGUGAUCUCCAAAGAAGAGAGGCCCACAACGACGGAGCAUCCAAAAAAAGCCAAGAUGUUGGUUGUGUCGAACCAAAAAAUGGAGGUUAA